AUGCGCAGUAUAUUCUACUUUGCUCUUGCCUUCGCGGCUUUGACUUGCAGCAACGCUUCCGCAGCGCUUCCGAAUCCCGACGAAACUCGGCUCUUAUCAGACACUUUUACCAAAAGAUCCCUUCGGGUCGCAGGCCAAGAAGCUGCCCGGGGCGAAGAGAUUGUGAGAGUUACAGCCCAGAGUACUAACAAAAUCUUCAAGAGACCGGCGGAAAAAGACAUGAGCAAACUGAUUGCAGCGGCUAAGAAGGCGCUGUUGGAGAAAAAGAUGGCUAAGCUCUCAAAGGUCAUUAAGAAGCCAGCGAAGUAG